AUGGCAUCUUCCGACAGCCCCAAGAUAGUCGAGAGGGAUGUCAAGGAUCGGGACAACAAAGAGGACAAAAAAGACGAAGAGAGAGGUGGAUUUAUCGACAAGGUCAAGGACUUUAUCCACGACAUUGGCGAGAAAAUUGAGGAGACCAUCGGGUUCGGUAAGCCAACGGCCGAUGUCACCGCCAUUCACAUACCUCACAUCAACCUCCAGAAGGCAGACAUUAUUGUGGAUGUCCUCGUCAAAAACCCUAAUCCCAUCCCAAUCCCUCUCAUAGACAUUGACUACUUGAUUGAGAGUGAUGGCCGGAAGCUCGUCUCCGGUUUAAUUCCUGAUGCUGGCACGAUCCACGCCCAUGGCUCGGAAACUGUGAAGAUUCCCGUUUCCUUGAUUUACGAUGACAUCAAGAACACGUAUGAUGACAUAAAGCCCGGGAGCAUUAUCCCGUACAGGGUCAAAGUUGACCUGAUUGUGGAUGUCCCGGUUUUUGGCCGGCUCACCUUGCCGCUCGAGAAGACGGGCGAGAUCCCGAUACCUUACAAGCCCGAUAUCGAUGUCGAGAAGAUACAUUUCGAGAAGUUCUCGUUCGAGGAGACUGUGGCCACUCUUCAUCUGAGGCUGGAUAACAAGAACGAUUUCGAUCUGGGAUUGAAUGACCUCGACUAUGAGGUGUGGCUAUGUGACGUCAGCAUAGGUGGGGCCGACCUAAAGAAGUCGGCUAAGAUUGAGAAGAAUGGGGUUAGUUAUAUUGAUGUGCCGAUCACGUUUAGGCCCAAGGACUGUGGUUCGGCACUUUGGGACAUGAUUAGAGGGAGGGGGACGGGUUACUCUAUGAAGGGGAAUAUUCAUGUGGACACACCUUUUGGGGAGAUGAAACUGCCGAUUUCUAAGGAAGGGGGAAAAACCGUGCUUAAGAAGAAGAAGGAAGAUGGAGGGGAUGAUGAUGAUGAUGAUGAGGAAUGA